GAGCACUGUCAGAAAGAAGAAGUGUUAUCAAGCCUUUCAAGAGAGUUUGAUGUCAUGAGACUGAACUUCACAAGAGACGGUCUGUGUCUGUGCAGCACGACACCUGUGAACGUCUAAACCUGGUGAUCAUCAGUUCCUGAGCUCAACCUGCUGAUGGCAGUGUGAACACACUGAAUGACCUCAUGAUCUAACAACAUUCACUCACACAAAUGGACCAUGAAUUGGCCUGGUUGCACUACUUCAAAAAGAAUUUGAUAAAAAAAAAAAAAAAAAAAAAAAAAUCACAUUUCUGUUUCCCUCAUGCUUCAUCUUCAUCUGUCUCUGAAAUCAGUAUGUGUUGACAGGAGGCUGGACAGACACAUGAUGGGUGAAAAUGAAACGAUCCAGGGCAGAAAAUAAGAAGACAAAGAGAAGAUGCAGAUCAGAAGAUCACUGGCAGACGUCUGACACACACUGAUCCUGAUGGCUCCCGCUGUGAUUCUCAUCGGCUGUCUGCUGGCCACAAUGAGCUGCUCAACCACAGCUCAAAGUUCCACUCCACCUACCACAGAUCAAACUAAUACUGCAGCAGUACUAACCACAGAUACUACUACAACUACCACAUCAAUUACCUCUUUACCUGCCACAACACCACCUGCACCAGCACCGACUACGACUACAGCUACAACGCCUCUUACACCGGGAAUAACGACAACUACAACGCCACCUUCAACACCACAGACUACAACUACAACACCUGCAUCACUACCAACGACAAUUCCAGAGCCACCUACACCACCAGCUACCACGACUGCAAUUCCUGUAAAUCCACCAACAUUGACCAAUUACCCCAGUAAUGCGACAACCACCCCUGUAACCACACGGCCUGGAGUGACUAAUGCAACAACAACUACUACAACGACAACUCAGACUCCCGUUUAUGGAAGUUGUGGGAAUCCAGGUCUGUGCUGCUCUGGAUUGAAUAACUCCUGUCACCGCGUGAACUGUUUUUGUGAUGUUGCUUGUCUGAGAUUACGCGACUGCUGCCCUGAUUUCAAACCCACCUGCCUCACGGUCAAGAACAGCACCAACAGUACAAACCAAAACACUUUGCCACUAACAGGAAAGUGUUCAGAGCCGACUCUGUGCUGCAGUGGUGUAAACUACACCUGUUUCAGAGGCUGUUUUUGUGACGAGGCCUGUAAACAGCUCAAUGACUGCUGCCCCGACCUCAACAGCACAUGCAUUUUCAAUACCACAACUGCAGCCCCUCCAGUAAACUUUACUACAGUCCCUCCAUUCAACUCCACUGCAACUCCACCCCAAGUAACCACAGUGACUAGUAACACCAGUAAUGCGACAACCACCCCUGUAACCACACGGCCUGGAGUGACCAAUGCAACAACUACUACAACGACAACUCAGACUCCCGUUUAUGGAAGUUGUGGGAAUCCAGGUCUGUGCUGCUCUGGAUUGAAUAGCACCUGUCGCCGCUUGAACUGUUAUUGUGAUGUUGCUUGUCUGAGAUUACGCGACUGCUGCCCUGAUUUCAAACCCACCUGCCUCACGGUCAAGAACAGCACCAACAGUACAAACCAAAACACUUUGCCACUAACAGGAAAGUGUUCAGAGCCGACUCUGUGCUGCAGUGGUGUAAACUACAACUGUUUCAGAGGCUGUUUUUGUGACGAGGCCUGUAAACAGCUCAAUGACUGCUGCCCCGACCUCAACAGCACAUGCAUUUUCAAUACCACAACUGUAGCCCCUCCAGUAAACUUUACUACAGUCCCUCCAUUCAACUCCACUGCAACUCCACCCCAAGUAACCACAGUGACUAUUAACACCAGUAAUGCGACAACCACCCCUGUAACCACACGGCCUGGAGUGACCAAUGCAACAACUACUACAACGACAACUCAGACUCCCGUUUAUGGAAGUUGUGGGAAUCCAGGUCUGUGCUGCUCUGGAUUGAAUAACUCCUGUCACCGCGUGAACUGUUUUUGUGAUGUUGCUUGUCUGAGAUUACGCGACUGCUGCCCUGAUUUCAAACCCACCUGCCUCACGGUCAAGAACAGCACCAACAGUACAAACCAAAACACUUUGCCACUAACAGGAAAGUGUUCAGAGCCGACUCUGUGCUGCAGUGGUGUAAACUACACCUGUUUCAGAGGCUGUUUUUGUGACGAGGCCUGUAAACAGCUCAAUGACUGCUGCCCCGACCUCAACAGCACAUGCAUUUUCAAUACCACAACUGCAGCCCCUCCAGUAAACUUUACUACAGUCCCUCCAUUCAACUCCACUGCAACUCCACCCCAAGUAACCACAGUGACUAUUAACACCAGUAAUGCGACAACCACCCCUGUAACCACACGGCCUGGAGUGACCAAUGCAACAACAACUACUACAACGACAACUCAGACUCCCGUUUAUGGAAGUUGUGGGAAUCCAGGUCUGUGCUGCUCUGGAUUGAAUAGCUCCUGUCACCGCUUGAACUGUUAUUGUGAUGUUGCUUGUCUGAGAUUACGCGACUGCUGCCCUGAUUUCAAACCCACCUGCCUCACGGUCAAGAACAGCACCAACAGUACAAACCAAAACACUUUGCCACUAACAGGAAAGUGUUCAGAGCCGACUCUGUGCUGCAGUGGUGUAAACUACAACUGUUUCAGAGGCUGUUUUUGUGACGAGGCCUGUAAACAGCUCAAUGACUGUUGCCCCGACCUCAACAGCACAUGCAUUUUCAAUACCACAACUGCAGCCCCCCCAGUAAACUUUACUACAGUCCCUCCAUUCAACUCCACUGCAACUCCACCCCAAGUAACCACAGUGACUAGUAACACCAGUAAUGCGACAACCACCCCUGUAACCACACGGCCUGGAGUGACUAAUGCAACAACAACUACUACAACGACAACUCAGACUCCCGUUUAUGGAAGUUGUGGGAAUCCAGGUCUGUGCUGCUCUGGAUUGAAUAGCUCCUGUCGCCGCUUGAACUGUUAUUGUGAUGUUGCUUGUCUGAGAUUACGCGACUGCUGCCCUGAUUUCAAACCCACCUGCCUCACGGUCAAGAACAGCACCAACAGUACAAACCAAAACACUUUGCCACUAACAGGAAAGUGUUCAGAGCCGACUCUGUGCUGCAGUGGUGUAAACUACACCUGUUUCAGAGGCUGUUUUUGUGACGAGGCCUGUAAACAGCUCAAUGACUGCUGCCCCGACCUCAACAGCACAUGCAUUUUCAAUACAACAACUGCAGCCCCCCCAGUAAACUUUACUACAGUCCCUCCAUUCAACUCCACUGCAACUCCACCCCAAGUAACCACAGUGACUAGUAACACCAGUAAUGCGACAACCACCCCUGUAACCACACGGCCUGGAGUGACUAAUGCAACAACAACAACAACAACAACAACCAGUCAAACUCCUCUCAAUGUUCUCACAUUACUCACUAAUCUGGAGGUGGAGGUUUUGGCCGAGGAGUCGUCCACUGAAGAAGAGCGUCAGGCUGCACUGCGUCAGGUUGGCGCUUUGCUGGAGAGGUACUUAAGAGAGAAUAAUACUGACAUCUACUCUUUUGAGGUCACGAGAAUUCAGCCGGUAUCUCCAUGUGAUUGAGUCAGAAAUCAGUCGAGAGGAACAGACAUGAAUAAAUCCUCAUCGCUGCUGGACUUUUACUUAAUUAAAUUAAAUUAAUUAAUUAAUUAACUUAAUAUGAGAUUAUUUAUGGUGACGGUUCAACUAAACAUAACUUAUCCAUUUAUAUGCUUUAAUCUUAAACAUACAAGCACUGUACAUGUGUAAAUCAAACUAUGGAAAGAAUGUGUAAAAAACAUCAGAUUGAUUAUCUGCUUUCUUGUAAUUCCUUGUUCCUCCUUCAUUUGCAUGGAGGGGAAUCUGCUGCUUCUGUUUUAACACUGUCUUCAUCUAGUUUUUGAGAUUCCUGUAUGAUUAUCACACUGAAAAUAAAAACCUGAUGAGGUAAAACUUG